AGACCAAAGAAACUACUUCUCCCAGAAUCCCUUCCGAUCCAAGCUCCUUCUUCCCGGAAGUUGCUCACCGAACUUGAUUGGCCGCUCUGGAGAUGAUCCGUGAGCAUGUGCCAAAGGUUGAUAUUUCUUAUAAUGACAAUGGGUUGGAUUCUGCACUCUUUGUGGAAAACAGAAAAAAAGUGAUGAUUGUAUCAAGAGCUAAUAGUAUUGGUUCUACCAGUGCCUCUUCAGUACCAAAUACAGAUGAUGAAGACUCUGAUUACCAACAAGAUACCUACAAAGAAUCAUACAAGGAUCGCCGUCGCCGUGCUCAUACACAAGCUGAGCAAAAGCGGAGGGAUGCUAUCAAGAAAGGUUAUGAUGAUUUGCAAGCAAUUGUACCCACAUGCCAGCAGCAAGAUUUCUCAAUAGGCUCCCAGAAGCUAAGCAAGGCGAUUGUACUCCAGAAGACCAUUGAUUAUAUUCAAUUCUUGCAUAAAGAAAAAAAGAAGCAAGAGGAAGAGGUCUCCACUCUCCGAAAAGAUGUGAUGGCCUUGAAAAUCAUGAAAGUAAACUAUGAAGAGAUUGUUAAAGCUCACCAGGACAAUCCCAGUGAAGGAAAGAAUCAGAUCUCUGACCAAGUGAAGUUCAAUGUUUUCCAGGGUAUCAUGGACUCCUUGUUCCAGUCCUUUAAUGCCUCCAUCUCUGUAACAAGCUUUCAGGAGCUCUCAGCUUGUGUUUUCAGCUGGAUAGAAGAGCAUUGUAAGCCACAGACCCUGCGAGACAUUGUCAUUGGUGUACUGCAACAACUGAAGAGCCAACUCUACUAAUCAAAGAGAAAGCUUUGAAGGGCCUAAUUUGCAGAUAUAUGGCCAAGAAGCGUUAUUCCUUCCAGUAAUUCCAUUUCAAGCUUUUUUUUUAGGGCUACAGAUUGAUUUUACCUCUGGAAUCCCCUCAGUUUACACAGCAAGCUCUUCAGAUGGGGAGAAAAAUAAUCAGCUCUCAAUUCAUGUGGAUUGCUUGCUGCCAUCUCUUUGAAGCCUUGGCUCUACUGUUCCUAUGCAUUAAUGUAGCUGAUUUAAUAGAAAUGUAUUUACAAUAUAUCAGGAUUUCGCAUGAGCCAAAUUCUUUUCUUAAAUGUGCAGAAACACCAGAAUGUCUCUUCACCUCAGUUUGGUAAAUACUUUUUCUAAAUGCCUAGAUGUUAUAUCUAAGGUUUGGUUCAAGGAGCAGUAGCUAGUGUAAUGAUUAUAAAAACAAAGCUAUGUAGCAUUUACCUUGGGUUAAGGGCAGAGAACCAGGGAAAUUAAGCAAUAAACUGCCUUCCUUUGUAUAAUACAUUCUGAUAGCCUUGUAGAGAGCUAGUAAGUUUCUUGUAACAACCUUCAGUUGUGUAGCCAACCUCCAGCUUUUGAAAAUUAACCUAUAUGCAAUCAUCAUUUGCCUUCACUUCUAUUCUAUGGAUUAAAAGUCUGAAUAGGCUUAUCAAUUAUGUUGUAUUAGCAAUAAAAGGGAAAAUAUCUUUUACUCUCUUGCAGCCUUGGUUUCUAAUAAUGCAAUGAAGUGAAUUAAGCCAACUCCCUUCUGCAGCUGCUUUUUUCGUUUAUUUUAUUUCUUUUGCUGCAAAAGUGGAUCUGCUGCCUUUUACAGACACCACUUUCUGGAUCUACUGCUGGCUGGUGGAGAAGGAUAUUAACUCAGACAAGACUGCUAUUUUUUUAUGAUGACAUGCAGUUCUAAUAAAUUUGCUAUGUGGUUGAA